AUGGCCGUGCCACCCCCCGCCCACCCCCGCCGCCUCCUGCCCCUCUCCCUGGGGCUCUUCCAGGGUGCCCUGCUCCUCUUCUUCGCCUUCUUCAUCACCUAUGAUGAGCCCUCGGCGCAGGCAGAAGAUGCCAACUUGGUGGCCAACCAGCUCUCCGGCAUCUUCCCCCUCUUCCAGGACAUCCAGGUGAUGCUGGUGGUGGGGCUGGGGCUCCUGCUGACGUUCCUGCCCCGCUACGGGCUCAGCGUCCUCACCCACAACUUUCUCCUGCUCAACUUCUCCGCACAAUGGGCACUGGUGCUGCAAGGCUUGCUCCAUCGCUUCCACCACGGCCGGGUCCACCUGGACCUUCGCAACCUCCUCACCGCCGAGUUCGCCGCCGUGACGGUGCUCAUCUCCGUGGGGGCCAUCCUGGGGAGGACGAGCCCCUGCCAGCUCCUCAUCGUGGCCACCUGUGAAAUCCCCGUCUACCUCGCCAGUGAGUGGGCCAUCGUCACCUGUCUGGGUGUUCUGGACAUGGGGGGCACCAUCACCAUCCACAUCUUCUCCUGCUAUUUCGGCCUUGGCGUGUCCAAAGCUCUGUUCGGGGCGGCACAUCGGCCGGUGCACCCCAAGGAGACCACGACACCCCACUCCGACCUUCUGUCGCUGGUGGGGACGCUCAUCCUCUGGGUUUUCUGGCCCAGCUUCGUGGCUGUCCUCUGCCAACCGGGAGAUGCCCAGCACCGUGCCAUCCUGAACACCUUCCUGGCCAUGAGCGCCAGCGCCGUGACCACCGUGGUGGCCUCCAGCCUGCUGGAGAGGGACAGCAAGCUCAGCCCCGGCCACCUACAGAACGGCAGCCUGGCCGGUGGAGUGGCCAUCGGCGCGGUGGCUGACAUGGCCGUGCCGCCGGUGGCCGCUCUUGCCCUAGGCAACCUCUCGGCCGUGGCGUGCGUCCUCGGCUUCAAGUUCCUCACCCCGCUCCUGGCAAGGAAGGUCGCGCUCCAGGACCAGUGCGGCAUCCACAACCUCCACGGCUUGCCCGGCAUCCUCGGCGGCGCAGCCAGCGCCGUGGCCAUCCUGGUGGCAUCCGAGGACACCUCCGGAUGGUGGGGGGACCGCGGGGCGGGCGGGCAAGCGCUGUGCCAGGCAGUGGGGCUAGCGGUGGCCGUCGGUGGCUCGCUGCUCGCCGGGCUGCUCACCGGUGCUGCGCUUCGGCUGCCCUGCCUGGCCCAGCCACCCGAGCGGCUCUGCUUCGACGACUCACUGUAUUUUAAGAUCCAGGAUCAGGCCGAGAGCCCGGGGCCAGGCGGCACCGCCGAGGAAGGAGCCUUGGCUCUGAAGGAGCGGGUUUAG